AUGCUUGGUCGUCGAUCAGGAUUUCGAGGAAGAGUGAAUCAGGUGAAUCCUGAAACCAAGCAUCUUCAUUGCAUGCUUCAUAGAUAUGCCCUGGCAUCCAAAACUCUCCCACCUGAUUUAAAAUUAGUCCUGGAUGAUGUUGUGCACAUGGUAAAUGCCAUCAAGUCAAGCGCCCUAAAUACAAGACUGUUUUCCCUUCUGUGCCAAGAGUUUGGAAGUGAUGAAGAAGUGUUGCUCCUUCACACUGAGGUUCGCUGGCUGUCGAGGGGGAAUGUGGUAUCAAGAGUAGAAUCACUAAAGGAGGAGCUCACUGAAUUCUUCAAAUGUGACAACAAGGCAAAGUCACUUGAGUUCACCAAGAAAUUGUCAGACAGCCAGUGGCUUCAGAAGCUGGCCUACCUGAGUGACAUAUUCUUACGCCUCAACUCAUUUAACUUAUCCCUCCAAGGCCGUUUUGCCACAGUGAGUGAUUUCAUGGACAAACUUAGGUCACUGACCAUGAAGCUGGAGCUUUGGGAAGGGAAGGUCAAAGAUGGAAAUCUUAGCAUGUUUGAACACCUUGGUGAGGCACUUGAUAAAAGUCAAAACACUGGAAAACAAGAUGUGAUGCAACUUGUGCAAUCACAUCUAGCUUCUCUGCGGAUGGAGCUGCAGUCUUACUUCCCCGAAUUGAGUGAAUUGGAAUCAAAAUUGAUUAGAAACCCUUUCAUUGUGAAUGUGCACCUUCUCCCAGAUAACAUGCAAGAGGAGUUCUUAGAGUUGGUGAACGACUCUGUUGCAAAAGAUGCAUUUGAAACACUUUCCCUAACCAAAUUCUGGGCUAAAAUGAGUGAGAUUUACCCUGUUGUAUCUAAAGUAGUUCUGAACUCUUUGUUGAUGUUCCCUAGUACUUAUCUGUGUGAGCAAGGAUUUUCAACGCUGUUGAACAUGAAAACCAAACAUCGAUCACGGCUUAAUGUGGAACAUGACCUACGAUUGUGCCUGUCUAAUACUGCUCCUCGAAUUGAGAAACUUGUUUGUAACAGACAGGCACAGCCUUCACACUGA